ACACUUCUUCCAGUUUUCUCAAUGGCGCUCAGUCACGAUAGACACUUCAAGUUGAAACUCGGAAUUCCUAGGGAGUUUCCGAGGAAGUUUAACGACAAGUACUGUCAUUUUGCCGACGGCGUAGAGGAUUGCGAAUGUGUUAAGAAGAAACCACAGCCGAGCAUAGAAGACUGCGAGUUCUACGGUCGACCUGUGGAGCCUUUGGCCUUCUACUUGCCGCCGUUGCGCGAUGUCAAUCAGCAGAUGCAGUCUCGACUUUACACUAUCCCCAAGGAGAUCAGGGAUCUGAUCUUCGAGUACGCUUUGGCGGAUGACGGUGCUCCCUCGUUCAACUGCGACAACGUGUUCCGUCGUCGCGCCUAUGGAACGAUUCCCAGUGUGGAUUGCGCAUGCACCCUCCUUCAAACAUGCAAAGCCGUGUAUCUCGAAGCAUAUCGCUUACCAUUUCUGUUGAAUGGUUACUUGGCAUACCGUACCAAACUAUACUACGGAAGACACGAUGGCUCCCGGUUCGACAGUCCGUCGCGUCCAAAUAUGGAGCGCAUUGCUCCUUGGCAAUACGCUUUGAUCCAACGGAUUGAUAUGAGCCUCCAGCAAGUUUCUCUCGAAAGCCGGCUAGUGACUGAGAUUGAACUUUGGCAACCGGCCUUGAGAUACGAAGGUGCUUAUUGUUCUCCUCGCUAUUACAACUCUCUGCACUCCUGGAACAGCAGUGACCCCCCGGAAGUAUCUUCCCACAAUUUCAAAUUGGUACCAGCAACAAUUGAAAACUCCCCAUAUGGCCCUGAAGAUGGGAACAAAGUACAACUUCCGCGUUGGGAUAUGGUGGAAUUCGAAGGCCCAGAUUACGACGAAUAUAACGAAACAUAUACACAGGUAUGCAAAGUUAUGGGGAAAUUUACCGCAGCCGCAAUGGUAGCAAGGCGACUCACUCACCUGACACUUCGCCUUUCCCGGACUGAUUGGUGGACUUGGGAAGACGAUCCCAACACCACAGACAACGACAAGCAGCUCGCUCUCGAUCCAUUCCUCGGGGGCCGCAAAUCGCGGCCAUUGCUUCACGAAAUGGUCGAGCUAGCAAACAUGCGCCGUGCCGGCUAUCAUCCUGCUUACGACGAUAUGCCGCCUACGCCGGCUUCAUGGUCACUGACCCAUCCUGUUAAUAGUACCCCUUGGUAUCACGAGCCAGACAAUGAUACUUGGGGGGCAGCAAUCGGAAUCAUGCCCGAUCUCAAAACAUUCGAGCUCGUACUCGAGACGUUCGCGCCCAAGAAACGCCAGCUCGAAACAGUCGUGGAGUGUGCUCGAACCUGGAAAUUCCCACUCAAAGGGACCGAGUACGAAUUGGUAUGCGACAACAAGGUUGAAGCUCUGCAGUGGCGCUUGCCUGCCAGCGAGGAUCAGAACGCUUCCCAGAAGAGCGAAGACGUUUCUGAACAAAACGAAGGAGCGUCUGAAGAAACCUCUGAAGAAAGUGAGUAUGAAUUUUCCGAGGAUGACGACGAAUCCUGGCACCGGAGUUGCACUGAAUUCGAGGUCAGGGUGGUUCGCUUCAAGCGGAGGAAGGUGGAAUGGAGCUCAUGAUAGCAUACGAGAGGCGGGACAUAUCUUA